ACACAGAGAUGGGGUGUGUUGCUCUCUGAUGAGAACGAAGCUGACUGGAACGCUGGAAAUCUGCCUCUGUUCCUCACCGGCAAGGGGCAGCUUUUGUGGGCCGAGGUUUCAGAAAAGGGAUGCUGUGAAAGUGAAGGUGAAGCUUUUAUAUAUAUAUACAAACACACGCAUACACACAUAGGACGUGAAUUCCUUCGCAGAAAGCUCUCAUAUAUACUCAAGAAUGUUUCAGACAUUUAAAGAAUGGUUUUGGAAGGAACGGUUCUGGCUUCCACCAACAAUAAAGUGGUCAGAUCUUGAAGAUCAUGAUGGACUCGUCUUUGUAAAACCCUCUCAUUUGUACAUGACAAUUCCAUAUGCUUUUGGCUUGCUGAUUAUCAGACAUUUCUUUGAAAAGUUUAUUGCUAUGCCUCUAGCAAAAGCAUUUGGCAUUAAAGAGGAAGUUAGAAAGAAGAUUACACCCAACACCGUCUUAGAGAAUUUUUUCAAAUGUUCCACAAGGCAACCAUCUCAAGCUGAUAUUUAUGGACUGGCGAAGAAGUGUAACUUGACAGAGCGCCAGGUUGAAAGAUGGUUUAGGAGUCGGCGGAAUCAAGAGAGGCCUUGCAAGAUGAAGAAAUUCCAGGAAGCGUGCUGGCGAUUUACAUAUUACUUAAUAAUGACUGUUGCUGGAAUUAUAUUUCUUUAUGAUAAACCUUGGGUAUAUGACCUGUGGGAGGUGUGGAAUGGCUAUCCCAGGCAGCCCUUGCUGCCAUCCCAGUACUGGUACUACAUUUUGGAGAUGAGUUUUUAUUGGUCUCUGAUAUUUAGCUUUGGCUCUGAUGCCAAGAGGAAGGAUUUUCUAGCUCAUGUCAUCCACCACCUGGCUGCUAUUAGUUUGAUGAGCUUCUCUUGGUGUGCUAAUUAUAUCCGCGGUGGGACCCUCGUGAUGAUCGUGCAUGACGUGGCUGACAUUUGGCUGGAGUCUGCCAAGAUGUUUUCUUAUGCUGGAUGGAAGCAAACCUGUAAUAUCCUGUUUUUCAUCUUCUCUGCCAUAUUUUUCAUCAGCCGGCUCAUUGUCUUUCCCUUCUGGAUUUUAUAUUGCACGCUGAUCAUUCCCCUGCACUUCCUUGAGCCUUUCUUUUCAUACAUCUUCCUCAACCUCCAGCUCAUGGUCCUGCAAGCCCUUCACCUCUACUGGUGUUACUACAUCCUGAAGAUGCUCAAGAGGUGUAUAUUCAUGAAGGACACCAAGGAUGUGCGGAGUGAUAAUGAGGAUGGGUAUGAAGAGGACGAGGAAGAGGAGGAGGAGGAAGAAGCCACCAAAGACAAAGAGAGAGACUGUUUGAAGAAUGGCCUUGGGGCCAACAGGCACCUCAUUCCCAACGGUCAACAUGGCCGUUAGCUUGAGGCCCACACAGCUCCUGGGGCAUGAUGUCCUAUGAGGGCUGUUGGAAGCCAAAGUUGCUUCCUCCUCCACAGCUCUGACCUACAGGAAGGAGCCACAAGGACCCCAAAUUCUGCCCUUCCCUCCUUUCAAACACUACCUUCCUCUCCCCCAAGAUGUAUUUAACAAAAUGUUAACUUCUGUUAAAAUGCUAAAUAUAGAAUCCCUAUGGAUUUUACUGCAGUUAGGACUCAGACUGGUCAAAGAUUUCAAGCAUUUCUCCAGAGAACUGUUUCAGUUAAGUUGUGUUCAUUCAUAUAUGUGAGACAUGUGGUUUUCCCAGGAGCUCACUUACUUCCCAUAGGACUUUCCACCUUGCCACCUUGCUCACUCUCAGGAUGACCUGAGAGGUGCUAGGGAAGCCCAUUUUUUCAGGUGUGUGCAGCCACAGACAGCAGCUCAUCCCCUACCCCCACCCCCAAAUGAUCUAGAGGACACAAUGCAGUAGUGGCAGAAGGGCCAAACAAGGCAACCAGGCUUCCAGGGCUCACUGGCCACUUUCUGCUGUGGGCAGUUUUUUAAACCUUCCAAGCCUUGGUGUCCAAUGGGAAUUAAAAUAUUUGCCUCGCCUGCCUCACAGAGUUGGGAGUAAGGAUCAAAUGAGAUAACAACAGAAGUGAAAAUGUCUGUCAACUGCGAUGUGACUAUUCCCUGACCCUGUUUUCCAGUAUGAUUCCAACUCUGUUUGGGAGACAGAAACCUGGCUAAACUUCGCACUGAGUGGACCCGAACAAAAGGCACAAUCUUAAAAAAUUUAGUUUAAAUGUGUCUGGAGAUACCCAGAAAUGCAAAAAUCCAGAAUGCUGUUUCCAUGAUAUUGGGUAACUGUUAGCUACCCAGGGGUGAUUCUCAAAUUCCCCCAAAUUCUCUACCCCUAGAUCCUCUGGCUAAGGGGAGGGAGCCUGGGCCCAAAAUUCCUUCUUGUCUUUCACCAGCCUUUCACUCUGCUAUGAGCCCCUCCUUCAGGCUGUCGGAGCUGCCCAGCCAGCAGUAAGAUCCCUCUGAGGGCUUGUCCUAGGGAGUAAGACCCAGCCCCCAGGGCAGGCUGCUCAUGGAGCCAUUAUUUCUCAGAAAACCUGAGCCUUUGGGGCACGACAUGCCUGUGAGGGGUUGACCUAACUGAAAGCUUAGAAACAGAAAAAGGAUGUCAUACUCUCAUCUCUGCUACCCAACCCAAUCAGACUGCACAAAAGACAGAACGAAACAAAAGGCUGGAAAAUACCCCCUGAGAAAUGUCCAAGGACAAAUGUUAGAGUCAAUGGCAGCUCCUGGGGCUACAGACCACUCGGGGAAUACAGAUACCAAUAAGGGGCUGGCAGGUCAGGAGCCUGCUGGCGGCCCCCUUAGGGGCACAUCUGAGCCCUGAGCACAGAGCCUUGUAGAGGAAGAGACUGAGCAGAACACGGAAACACCCCUCCACACACACACACGCACCAAUCUCUCAUAUUUUGGGGGCCACAUUUUGCACUUUUAUCCUGUUUGCUUAGGGCCUGUAUUACAAAGCCAAGUGGGAGCUACGGCUGUGGGGGCUGGUAAAGCAUCCACCCGGGCCCCCCUCAUGUGGGCUGCUGCUGCUGGAGCGGAAGGGGCGCGGCCCAGCAGGGGGUCCACGUUGUUUGUUUUUUAAUAAAAAGAUGUUUUAAAAACCUUCAGGUUAAACAAAAACAAAACCCCAAAACCCACCAGAAUUCUUUCCCCGUCAAGAUGUCUUCUUGAGAAAUCAGUAGGACAACGGAAAAACCUAUGUCAAGUUUUCUCUGCCUGUUAUUUGCUUUUAUGAGUACAAUGACAUAGGCGUCGCAUGUACAAUGUUAUAUUAUAAAUCUCAAAUGCCUCCACUCAUUUUAGGAUGUAACUGUUCAUUAUUAUUAAUAUAUUAUUAUUAUUGUUAUUAUUAUUGGUGGAAGAAAAAUCCUAUUGAGAUAUUGAGACAUCAUGUUUUACGUUUCUGGUUAACAGACUUGUUUUUUUCCCUUGAAUUAUUUUAGUCUUGUCUCUGUACCACAUUAUCUUC